AUGACCACAGUGCUUAUCACCGGCGCCACCGGCAAGCAAGGCGGGUCCGUCAUCAAGAAGCUGCUCGAAAGAAAUGCACCCUUCAAUAUCCUAGCGGUCACUCGCGACGUCAACUCCAAUUCAGCAAAGAAAUUGGCCCAGAAAUCAGACAAGAUCACUCUGAUCCAAGGAAACCUCGACAACCCAGCGGCGAUCUUCGAUAACGUCAAACGCCAGUCCUCGGCCUCGGUCUGGGGAGUAUUUAGUGUCCAGGUAAGGAACUCACCCGACAAAGAUGAAUCAAUCCAAUAA